AUGCUAACUGUGCCCAGAGCGCUGCAUUUGACUGAAAGGCAAGAGAACGCAUUUACGAAUCAAGGCGACUCUGGAUGCAUUUUGGAGGAGUGUUGCAAGAAACCUUGGUCCCACAUCUCCUACUGGGAAUGCAAUCGUCACAUCGGUCACAAAUGGUUGCCGGUCCUCACCUCUGCAUUGGUUGUCCUCAACGAGGAACCCUACUCUGUCUCUACUGCUACUUCUGAAAAUCCUUCCACUCAUGCGAUUUGGUCCCAGCAGGGUCGCCUCUGUCUGGAUCGACUAGUCCGUCAUUUCACUUCCCCACGAUCCUUUAGUGAGGAUUCACAUCCUAGUCGAAAGAAGUAUUGGCCACCCAUCCCUUACUCCUCCUCACCAACAAAACAACGACGACGUCUUUCCCAUGAAGGAAUAAGCCUCUUGCUACUGCCGAAGGGACAAAUCCUAUUAACAAAUAAGACACCCACCACACCCAUAUUUGUCGCCUCGCCGUGUUUCGUGCAACAAGGCGAUUUGAUCGCUGGUGAUUGGCCAGUCUAUCGUGUAGCGCCAACCUGUUCCCUGGUAGUUUUUGACACGCGGAUCUACGAGGAUCGACUGACAGAGGCAUGCAAGAGCACAUCCUGGCCGGGAAAAUCACUAUUUGGACCGGUGCUGCACAUAAGCUUAGGCAAGGGUUGGGGUCCCACCUACCGCCGCACCGACUUCACGCAUUGCCCUGCAAGGCUCGAAAUUUGGCUCAAUUUGUCCACCAUCAAAUCGCACACAUCUAGUAGCGCGGAGAGAUGA